AUGGCUCCUUCUUCCUCUUUCUCUCUCGCCCUUGUACUCCUCUUCUUCAUUGCCACAUUCUCACCACUACCUUCUUCUUCUUCUUCUUCAGAACCAGAUAAGAAAACCUUCAUAAUCCAAGUCCAACAUGAAGCAAAGCCUUCAAUUUUCCCAACCCACAAGCACUGGUAUGAGUCCUCACUCUCCACCAUUUCCACAAACCCUAUUAUUCAUGUAUACGACACCGUUUUCCAUGGUUUCUCUGCAAAGCUCUCACCUUUAGAGGCUCAGAAGCUCCAAUCACUCUCACAUAUCAUGACCCUUAUACCAGAACAAGUUCGCCAACUCCACACCACGCGUUCCCCUCAGUUUCUCGGUCUCAAAACCGCUGACAGAACCGGGUUGCUCCACGAGACUGAUUUCGGGUCGGAUCUUGUUAUCGGAGUUAUCGACACUGGGAUCUGGCCGGAGAGGCAGAGCUUCAACGACCGCGAUCUUGGUCCCAUUCCCGCCAAAUGGAAAGGCAGGUGCGUCGCCGGAAAAGACUUUCCGGCGAGCUCCUGCAACCGGAAACUCAUCGGAGCACGGUAUUUCUCGGGCGGGUACGAGUCCACCAACGGGAAGAUGAACGAGACGACGGAGUACCGUUCGCCGCGGGACUCCGACGGCCACGGCACUCACACGGCGUCCAUCGCUGCCGGCAGGUACGUGUCGCCGGCGUCCACGUUGGGCUACGCCAAGGGGGUUGCCGCCGGCAUGGCUCCCAAGGCUAGGCUCGCCGUGUACAAGGUCUGCUGGAACGGCGGCUGCUACGACUCCGACAUACUCGCGGCGUUCGACGCCGCCGUGGCCGACGGCGUCGACGUGGCCUCACUUAGCGUCGGAGGUGUGGUGGUGCCGUACUACCUUGACGUCAUUGCUAUCGGUGCUUUUGGGGCAUCCAACGCCGGCGUUUUUGUCUCAGCCUCCGCCGGAAACGGCGGUCCCGGCGGCCUCACCGUCACCAACGUGGCACCUUGGGUGACAACGGUUGGUGCUGGAACCAUAGACAGAGAUUUCCCUGCUUAUGUGAAGCUUGGAAAUGGCAAGGUUAUAAAUGGGGUUAGUGUUUAUGGUGGGCCGGGUCUAACUCCGGGUCGGAUGUACCCGAUUGUGUAUGCGGGUACUGAACAAGGUGGGGGUGAUGGUUAUUCUUCUUCACUUUGCUUGGAUGGUUCGUUGGAUCCUAAGUAUGUGAAGGGCAAGAUUGUUGUUUGUGACAGAGGCAUUAAUUCAAGAGCUGAUAAAGGUGAAGUUGUGAAAAAAUCUGGAGGAAUUGGCAUGAUUUUGGCUAAUGGGGUGUUUGAUGGUGAAGGGUUGGUAGCUGAUUGUCAUGUACUUCCUGCCACCGCCGUCGGUGCCACCGGCGGCGAUGAAAUUAGGAAGUACGUUGCGGUGGCCGCUAAGUCACGGUCACCGCCAACAGCUAGGAUUGUGUUCAAGGGAACUAGGCUUGGUGUUAGGCCAGCACCUGUGGUGGCAUCUUUUUCAGCUAGAGGGCCUAAUCCUGAAUCACCUGAGAUUUUGAAGCCUGAUGUUAUAGCACCAGGGUUGAACAUUCUUGCAGCUUGGCCUGAUAGAGUUGGACCUUCUGGGGUUCCUUCUGAUUUGCGUAGGACUGAGUUUAACAUACUUUCAGGUACUUCAAUGGCUUGCCCUCAUGUUUCUGGUUUGGCUGCUUUGUUGAAAGCAGCACACCCUGAUUGGAGUCCUGCUGCUAUUAGGUCAGCAUUGAUGACUACUGCUUAUACUGUGGAUAAUAGGGGUGAUACUAUGUUGGAUGAGUCCACUGGGAAUGUUUCCUCAGUCUUUGAUUAUGGAGCUGGCCAUGUUCAUCCUGAGAAGGCCAUGGACCCUGGCUUGAUUUAUGAUAUUUCUAGUUUUGAUUAUGUGGAUUUCUUGUGCAAUUCAAAUUAUACCACUAGGAAUAUCCAAGUGAUCACAAGGAAGGGUGCAGAUUGUAGUGGGGCAAAGAAGGCUGGACAUACUGGGAAUUUGAAUUACCCAUCUUUGUCUGCAGUGUUUCAACAAUAUGGUAAGCAUAAAAUGUCUACACACUUCAUUAGAACUGUGACCAAUGUUGGGGACCCAAAUUCAGUGUACAAAGUCACCAUUAGACCACCAGCAAAAAUGGUUGUCUCAGUGCAGCCAGAGACCCUAUCUUUCAGGAGGUUGGGUCAGAAGUUGAACUUUCUUGUUAGGGUGCAAACUAGGGCAGUUAAGCUUUCCCCUGGAAGUUCUAGUGUGAAGACUGGUUCCAUAGUUUGGUCUGAUGGCAAGCACACUGUCACAAGUCCCUUGGUUGUGACAAUGCAGCAGCCCCUGGAUUAGUGUCUGGGGUUUUGGGUGUGUAGAAAUUUUGGCCUUUUAUCCAUCUUGGAACUCUUUUAGCUCUAUAUGUAUAAUAGAUAAUGUGUUCCUGAAUGCUUUCCAUUUCUGUGAACUGGUGGAAGGUUGAUUGUAAGAAAUAGUAUGAAGGUACUGCCAAAAAGGGGAAAAAAUUAUAAA